CUUGCAAAUGUGUGCAUUGACCGCUUGCAUGCAAGACACUGGCAGCACGCAUGCUGGAUAUGAUGGACCAUUCCAUUACAAGGCCAUGUGAGGACUUCUACCAGUAUGCAUGUGGUGGCGUAAUGGAUGACCUUUUCCUUGACCCCGAGAACCCCCAGAAAGAGACUCGCCACUUCAUCAUGGAACAUCUCAAAUCCCUGUCCCCAGAGGACCCAGAACUAGGCCCACUGAAGGUUUUCUAUGACAGUUGCACUGCUGCUGAAGUGGAGAGUCGCAACAGAACUUUCUGGUUGUCAAACAUCAAUGCGGCCCUGGACACCGUUGACAGCAUUGGCCCUUGGUUGGCAGAAGAGUCAGGUUCUGCAGAUGAUUCUCUUAUCAGUAUCACCCAGAUCUUAGUUGGGAUGAUGAAAAUCGACUUUGCACCUUUCUUUGACUUACUGUUGGAUGUGUCUGAGGAUGGAACUGACAGGUUUGUGCUGAAGUUGACACCGCCAGUGCUACUUUCCCCCUUCAGCAAGGACAUGGGAUGGGCUGUGUGUUACAGUGAACACCUCAACCGCACACUGGAGGCUCUGGGCUCACCUUCUUCCUCGUAUGAUCUUAAUGAGGACUAUGAGAAGUACCUUGAGUGCAUUCGGGAGGGCACUGGCCUGCAUGCACGUUUGGCACAGAUGACCCGUGCUGUGAAGGAGCUUGGCCUCAUGCACCACUUCAACAACACCAACCACAAGCAGGGUGCUGAAGGCCAGCUGGUGGACAGCCUAAUGGAUACUGAAUUUCUUCUUAUAGAUAUGUCUAAGGCAUUACCAAGCAAAUCUAAACUGCGAGAAGCACAUCUCAAGAAGGACUUCAAAAAUGUCACCUUGUCGUAUUUGGAGGACAAGUUUAAUUUUCCCAUGUUCAAGGUGGAGUGGGUGGCACUUGUGGAGGGCUUGUUUGGACAUGCUGUAGACCCAGACAAUGUUACCAUUCAUGUCUACUUUGAUGAUGAUCUUCAUGCAGCCCUUGAUGAAAUUGACUUUAUUGGAGAUGUGAUUAAGCUACGAAGAAUCAUGUUGAUACUGUUGGCGGAAAGGCUGUACACAGACCUGGUGGAGCCUGCCCAGCACGCCUUGGGCAAGUUGGAGUACUGCCUGAGGGUCACCACUGAGUUGCUGGGAGACUUUGUCUCUACACUAUACCUGAAAAAUCUUCCUCGCCUCCAGGAGCGUCAGCAAAAGAUGAAGGAGGUGAUCAAGGCCAACAAGGAGGCAGCUGAGCAGGAGCUGUUGCAUCAGCCAGAACUGAAGCCAGAGGAAAUGGAGAUGUGGCUGAGCAAACUGAGAAGUAUGAGUGGGGAGAUGGCAAGCCCAGAGCCUUCCCACUACCUGCUGCCAGGCAUUAAUGAGACCACCCUGAGUGACAAUUUUAUAGACAACUCCCUCAUCCUCCUGACUCGCCACCGGUCCCUCAUGUACCAGCACUUCCUGUCAUCCAUAUCAUCCCCUGCAGUGCUGUGGAGUCACUUCCUGAAGCCUUUCAGUCAGUUUGGCAUUUCAUUAUAUGCUCCCAACAAGUUUCUGAUUCCAUAUGGUGCUAUGGAGGCGCCAUUCUUCUUCUGGGAUGUGCCGGACUACAUUAAUUAUGCAGGCAUUGGACACAUGAUUGCCCAUGAACUGAUUCACGGCUUUGAUGAGACAGGCAUUCGGUAUAAUGGCACACAGCGACAGAUCCUGGAGGGCUAUAAUUACCUUAUAGAACUGUCAGAAUGCCUGUCAGAACAGUAUCGAGCACCUCAGAGUCUGGAAGCUGCCUCUGGUCUCCUGGCAAACUUCACUCUGGAACGACUGCCUCUCAAUGAGGUCCUGGCUGGCUCAGGGGCAGUGAGGCUGGCCUGGGAGGCUUAUGAACUCUUCAGGAGUCAAAAGGACAAGGGAAAAGGAACACCUACAAUGUACACCGUCCCUGAUGCACCGCAGCUGCCUUGGUUGGACCUCAACCCUCAACAGCUGUAUUUUCUUCGGAUUGCUCAAGUCCACUGCAGUGCCACCAGUGACAUCCACAUGUUGCCUCUUAUGGAAAAAGAACACUUGCCCUCCAGGCUGUGGGUGAAAUUGGUGCUUCAGAAUGAACCACUGUUUACUGAAGCCUUCAGCUGCUCUACACCACUCCACCGCCAGUGUCCCUACAUACUGGGUUCUGUCCCAGCCCCCUCCACACCAUGACAAAUGACACACUGAUAACUGUGCUUUUUUUUUUAGAUGAAAAGAAGGAAAUCUUUUGUCCACAUUGUGUGCUGUGGUCUGACACUGUCAUUAGUAGAAGUUUGAACAUUUCUAGAUAUUUCUGCUAUUCCUGUGAGUGAAGAACUGUCAGAAAAUUUGAAAUGUUUGGCUUAAAGGUGUACUUAGUAUUAAGGAAAUAUUUUCACUAAUCCAGCAACAGUUCCUUGAAUCAUAUUUAUAGCUGACUGCUGCAGCUGUUAAUGUUGCAGGAGCAGGCCAGGACUAGACCUAAAUAAUAUAGCAAGGCACACUGGAUAGUUUUAAGCUGCCUUACACAUGUAAUCACUGAUUCUAAGCAAAUACUCUUCUCCCUCCCUAUUGACAUCUUUUCACCUUUCUUGCUCAUAGAUUUUUUUCUUUGUGGGACAAAAGUGGCUGCUAGGGCCAUUUCCAGGGACACACACUUUCACAUUCAAGAGUUACUUUAUUUUAUUAGGUCUCAUCUAUGGCUAAAUCAUGUGAGUUUAUCAGUUAACUCAUCCACAAACUAUGCUUCACUUAAGUGUGAAUAUUGAUGACCAGUGGUUAAUGGAGUAUAAUGUGUGUUGCAUCAUAAUUUGUUGUUUGCACUGUUCAUGUAGUGUUUGACUGAAAUUUUGUGUGUUUUAAGCAGAUGUACAAUCAUGCAUCUCAUUUGAUUAAUAUUAUUAUAAGUAUUAUCCACAAACUUUCAGUGGUUGUUGACCACAGGAAUGUUUAUCAAAUGAUUGUUGAAGAGCAAUAGAGCUCUAUGAGGAACUUUUGGGAAUGCCAGGCUUUGUCAAAAUGAGAUGUGUCACUGUCAGACUACAUUGUGCACACAUUUUGGCAAACAUAUGAAAAUAAAGGAAGCUGCAAGAGGCCAUCAGGGUUACACAUGACUAUCCAUGUAUGAAACAUGCUAAGAUCUAUAUCUAUUUAUUUAUGAAGAACUUGUUAUGAUAAUAGUGUUAAGUCUUGUCAUUCAUGGAGAGAGAGAGAGACUAAAACAUGUUCUGAUGCACUAGCUACAUCUUGUCAUUCCCUCUCUCUCUCUCUCUCUCUCUCUCUCUCUCUCUCUCUCUCUCUCUCUCUCUCUCUCUCUCUCUAACACA